AUGGGUCGCCCUCUUCAAGCCUACGACGACAUUGCUAUCGCCGAGCUUGUGUUCUACACCUUCGCCCUUGGAGGGGGCAUCUUCCUCUGCCUCAAGCAUGGCUUCGCCAAGAACGCCGGCUUUCGAUCCCUCAUCCUCCUCUCUCUUGCUCGAAUCAUCGGUGCCUCCUUUCGCUUGGCAACCAUUUCAUCUCCCGAUAAUGUCAAUCUUUACAUUGGAUGGAUGACGCUCAACGGUAUUGGCCUUGCGCCUCUUAUCAUGCUUGCUAUUGGUCUUCUAAGUCGCGUCUUCGAGUCCAUCCAGCGGCGAAAGGGGAGCGUCGUCAUCAAGCCUCAGCACCAGAGAUUUGUUGAAAUCCUCAUGCUGCUUGCCAUCAUCCUCCUCAUUGUCGGUGGCACUCAGUCCAAUUUCACCAUCACCGACGGCAAGCCAAAGGUCGAUUAUUCUACCAUCAGCCAUGCUGCCGAGGGCAUCUUGAUUGCAAUCGCAGCUCUCCUGGCCCUUGCCAUCGCUCUCGCCAUCCUUAACCAGAAAUACGUCGGCGUGGGUGAACACCGCAUCAUCUUCACCGUGGCUGUCUGCUUCCCAUUCAUCCUUGUUCGCCUUGUCUACUCCUGUCUCAUCAUCUUUGGCGGUGUUACUUCCACUGCUUGGCUCUAUCUGGGUCUGUCCUCUCUAAUGGAGAUGAUUGUCACGCUGUUCUCAGAAGUUCUUGGAUUCAGCUUGGACAAGGCAGGCCCACAGCCAGUUCCUCGAAACGACGAAGAGGGGCAAGCUUUUAGCAGUAAGUAG